CGUGAACCGCAAUAGCAAGCAGUUUGACUGAUUAAAAAAAAAAACAUCCUCUUGAUACGUAAUUGUAUUGUUAAUCCAAAUAAGAAUAUAAAAUAUAGUCAUGAAUCUUCGGGGAUUCUUUCAAGAUUUCAAUCCCAGUAAAUUCCUCAUCUAUGCCUGUCUGUUGCUGUUCUCUGUUCUACUGUCCUUGCGUCUGGAUGGCAUCAUCAAAUGGAGCUAUUGGGCUGUGUUUGCCCCCAUAUGGCUAUGGAAGCUAAUGGUUAUCAUCGGUGCCUCAGUUGGCACAGGCGUCUGGUCCCAUAACCCACAGUACAGGGCUGAGGGUGAAACCUGUGUGGAGUUCAAGGCCAUGCUGAUAGCGGUUGGGAUCCACCUACUCCUGCUCACCUUUGAGGUGCUGGUGUGUGACCGUGUGGAGAGGGGCACCCACUUCUGGCUGCUGGUCUUCAUGCCCCUCUUCUUCGUCUCGCCGGUCUCUGUUGCGGCAUGUGUGUGGGGCUUCCGCCAUGAUCGCUCUCUAGAGUUGGAGAUCUUGUGCUCAGUCAAUAUUCUCCAGUUUAUCUUCAUUGCCCUGCGACUGGAUAAAAUCAUCAGUUGGCCAUGGCUGGUCGUCUGUGUGCCACUGUGGAUCCUCAUGUCCUUCCUGUGCCUUGUGGUCCUCUACUACAUGGUGUGGUCAGUGCUCUUUCUGCGGUCUAUGGACGUCAUCGCAGAGCAACGGCGCACUCACAUCACCAUGGCGAUCAGCUGGAUGACAAUCGUUGUACCUUUGCUUACUUUUGAGAUCCUGUUGGUCCAUAAAUUGGAUGGCCACUACAGCUCCAGCUAUGUGUCAGUUUUCGUGCCUCUCUGGGUAUCCCUGGUGACUCUGAUGGCCACAACCUUUGGCCAGAAAGGAGGCAACCACUGGUGGUUUGGCAUCCGAAAAGACUUCUGCCAGUUUCUUCUUGAGCUCUUUCCCUUCCUGCGGGAGUAUGGGAACGUUUCUUAUGACCUGCACCAUGAGGACCCUGAGGUGUGCGAGGAGAUGCCUGCACACGACCCGCCAAAAAUAGCCCCGAUGUUCAGCAAAAAAAAUGGUGUGGUGAUCACACAGAGCCCAGGGAAGUACUUUGUGCCUCCUCCAAAACUGUGCAUUGACAUGCCUGACUAAAUUAAAGCUUUGCAACAACUGCUCCAGAGCUUUGAUGGACUUCACAUGCACCAGACUGCUGGAUAAGUAUUUUUUUACAACCACAUAUCUAUUUUUUUUAUGUAAAUGGAAUGUUAUAGAAGGUGAAGUAGAAACUUACCCCAAACUGCGAAUUACUUCUUCAUUAUUUUUGUGGAGUAUGGGUGUCCUGAAAAAAUGUGAACAAAGGCUCCAAAAAAACCCAAAUAUGGCCUUUUAAAACGGCAUAUUACAUUGCGGAUAAAGUUCGGAAUGAUGCAAUUUCAUGUGUACAUAUCUAAAUACCUGCAUCACUAUACUGAGAGCUUUACCGUUUCUAAAGUAACCUAUUUUGGUGUUUUUGGAGCGUUUGUUCAUGUUUUUUCUGGGCCCCUGUAUUGCACAACGAGGAUGAGGAAGUGAUUUGCUGUUUGGGGUAAGUUUCUCAAAAACAAGUUGAAAUCACAAAUAAAAGGUAGCUGGACCCUUCUAUAACAUGCCGUUUACAUCAGAAAUAGAGAUUUGGUUGUAAAAAAAACAAACAACUUCUUUAAGAAGAGGCAGAAGAGCAUAGCGUUCCAUGUAAGUCACUCCUAGUGAGCGAUGGGACCUGGUGGGACCAGAAUUUGGACAUGAGUUUUUUCUGAAAACAAAAAUCCAUGGCAGAGUAUGUGGAACAAAAGGCACUCUUUUAUCAACGUGUGUUUUUCCAUUGUAUUGGCAGUGGAAAUAAUGAGUUCCUUUUCAUUGAUUUAUGUGAUAUACUGUAUAGUACUUUCUAUUUUCCUUGUGAUGUUCUGUCCGCCAACAAAAUAUCUCCAAAGUGUUCAUCCUCUUUUAAAAUUCAGAUGUCUUUCACAUUAUUCCAGUUGAAGAUGCAUUCUGUUGUAUGUGUGUCAAAUUUCCCAAACCCUGAUUCUUUUUUGUUGUUGUUUGUUUUUUGUAUCAAAGCUGAAAUACUAUAUGUUAGGAUGACAACACGAUCAUGCUUAUUAGUGUAACCUUUUUAAAUCUAAGAUUAGCUUGCUACUUGGGUAUAGUUGCUUUUUGUUUAUUAAAUUAUUUAACUUCUC